CCGAGCGCAGUGUUGCCUACUGCGGCCAGGGAGUACAACACUAGCCGCUUUUAAAAUUCAAUUAUUUUUCACAAAUGUUUUAAUUGUUUAUUAAAUUGGUGGUAUAAUUUUUUUGGUGAUAAAACAUGUCGUGAGAUCAUUAAUCAUAAAUUUUUUUUUCAUUUAUUUGAAUUACAAAAUUUUUGAAUUUAACGAAGUGGUUGGGAUAUCGUCGAAGGGGUAGAUUACAGUGAGUUUAUGUUACCGAGGGUGUACUUGAAAAUACCGAGUAUGACGCACGGUACGUGACGGAGGGGUGGAAGUUUGUUUGAGGAAAGGCAUAGGGUUUAUUGAGAGUGGGAGGGGGGUGGAUUUUUUUGGGUCCAGUGAGGAACGUCUUCUGGUCGAAAUUCGGAUGGAGGUUCAGUUGUUACCUCAAUAACGUGAUGUUAAAGCAAUGAUUUAUAACUAAUUGUGUGAAGAGUAUUAAAUUGAACAUUAAUUAUCGUAAUAGUGAAAAUAUAAAAUUUAGGUGCCUAAUGAUGUUUCAAUAAACUAGUGCCUAAUACUGUAAGUGCAAUAACGUGACUAAUUAUCCGGCAAAAAAAAUCAUCAAGUUUCGUGUACGUUAAUUGAGUUAAUGGAUAAAUGAGUGAUAUUUGCAGGUUGAUAUAUUUAUAAUUCUGUUUAAUUCUACAGAUUUUUUUGUGUUGAACAACGGGAAUAAAUAUUUAGUGGUGAAUAUUGUUAGAUCUACCGAGGAGGAGGGGGGAGGGGGACAUCUGAUCGGUUCAAUCUAACACCGAAUGUACGUAAAGUUAGGACGUGGUAAAGCGCUGCUAUACCUCUGCAAGCGCAUAUAUUUAAUUUGUGAUGUCACAAUUAAUGCUAUGCAAUUUAGCAAAUACUUCGAAUGCGGGAAAUGAUACGAACAAUAACGCUAACACUAAUAGCAGCAUGGAGGACGACGACUCUUAUCCACUGCCCACUAUUUAUCGGUGUCGUGCUCCAAUAGCGAGUCUGGAUUGUAUGGAAGAGUUCAAUGGCGGUAGUGGUCCAGACUCAAUUGGUCACAUUCACUGCAGCACAACGCAACAAGGAACCAAGGAACAACUACUCACUGGAUGUAUAUCGGUACAGGGACAACGCACUCCGCAUCCAUCGCCAGGUAUUCGUUACCGCAACUUGGGCAAAAGCGGUCUACGUGUUUCCAAUGUUGGAUUAGGUACGUGGACAACAUUUGGGGGAUGUACGAAUGAGGAAACUGCUGAGGCCGUUGUGGCCUUGGCCUAUGACAGUGGUAUCAACGUGUUUGACCUGAGUGAGGCGCACAGCGGCCACAGGGCUGAGACUCAAUUCGGUCGUAUUCUACUGCGACGAUCCUGGAAUCGUUCCAGCUAUGUUGUCACCACUAAAAUCUAUUGGAAUACUAAAACUGAGGGACGUGGUCUCUCCAGAAAACACAUUAUCGAAUCAGUUCAGGCGUCUCUAGCGAGGCUCCAGCUGUCGUACAUCGACAUUGUGAUGAUUCACAAGGUCGAUCCAAUGUGUCCGAUGGAAGAGAUCGUACGAGCGAUGAAUUAUGUAAUCAGCAAAGGGUGGGUCAUGUACUGGGGUACGUCGAGGUGGACUCCUGUGGAGAUAAUGGAAGCUUACACCAAUUGUCGACAAUUCAAUUGUGUAACACCUAUUGUGGAACAGGCCGAGUAUCAUCUCUUCUACAGGGACAAACCGGAGCUUUAUAUGCCAGAGCUGUACAAUAAAAUUGGUGUGGGAUUAAUGGCCUGGUCCACCGUCACUAUCGGCAUGGUAUCAUCAAAGCCCGACGACACCGGUGUUUCCUUCCUCUCACGAUCGUCAUAUAAGAAUAAAUACUCAUCGUUCAGUUGGACCGAGGACGAGACGCAAUCUUUGUACAAGGAGCAUCGACGAGAUAUGACACCGGAAUUUGGAUCCAAGGACAAACCGGUGGAGGAGGAGGCACGCAAGUAUUCCGAUAAAUUGAGGGAUGUGUGCUCACUCGCUGAACGACUUGGUUGCACAUUUGGACAAUUGGCUAUUGCGUGGUCCCUCAAGAACGAAAGUGUCCAGUGCCUUCUUAUCGGAGCGUCUAAUAUUGAUCAGCUUUAUGAGAGUCUCCAGAGUCUACAGCUCGUACCGAAGCUUAACACAAACAUGAUGAACGAGAUCGAACGAAUACUCGAUAAUAAACCGUGCCGUCCACCGAUGGUGUCCACUCUGGCGCUUAGAUGACAAUCGAUCUGCCCCCACGGCAGUGCUGGGGGCAGUCUUGAGGAUGGAGCGGGUAGCCCCAAGAGCGAAGCUGGCCACAGUCAUGAUCAGGAGCAGACCAAAGAAGUGACCAAUAAACUACCAUUCUGUGAGAUACAGUGAGCCAACUUGACAUACCAUCCAAAGGCCAACGAUAAUAUCGUUGGAUAUGUUGUUUAUCUCAGGGUCCUCUCAAUGGUACCCCCCGCCCUCACCCAAUCCACACUCCACUCACCUAACCCCCUCCCCCCUUAUGUCACAUUAUCCGGUAAAAUUCAUACCAAAAUACUCGACGACAAUACUCCGAAGUCACUCGAGACACUGAAUUCAGCGCAAUUUUAACGGGUAUGAGGGAUAAAUAAUUUUCACCAAAAGGAUGUCCCCUGAUUCCUUUCAAUUUCAACCCUCGACACGAAUAAUUAAUAAAUUAGUGAAUUAAUGAUAAAUUUUCUCUUAUAAAAUACGGUUUAGAUUCACAGAAAUAGGAUUUUUUGGGAAUGAAAGAAAAAAUGCCCGGUCUCACUUGGGUUUCGUCAUAGGACUUAUCAAUUUCGAUUACAAUUUGCUGAAUAACUAAAAUAUAGCCCAGGAGGCAGAGGAUAUUCACUAAACUGAUUAAUUCUAUCUGGUGCUGUAGGAAAUUAAAGGAAAGUGGCACGAGAAUGGAUGACAUUUUUUUUUUGUAUUAAUUCCCAGUAUUCGAAAUGAAGCAAUCGAUGAGCGCAGCAAUUCGCUCAAUAUUUCGUAUGAUUUGUUUUUUGAGAAAGGACGGUGGGAAAAUUUUUAGGAAUUGUUGCAUCGAUUUCAAUGAAAUUUGGUGACUAGUCGAUAAUAAAAUAAUAGAAAAGGAUGAUAUAGAAGUCAAGAGAUAACUUGAUUUUUAUAGUGCUUUAUUGUCUGAUGAACGAGCACAUUUUCCCUCCAACGUAUUUUUAAUCAUUCAUUGCUCACAUGUAGAUUUCGCAAUAGACUAAACAAUUACGCGACGAUGAGGGUGGAAAAUAAAAAUUAAUAAUAAUUCGAAACAAUUAACUAAUUCUAUUCAAGAUUAUAGUAACAGAGAACCAAAUGAUGAAGAUUUGGGGUAAAAAAAAAAUUGAGAUGAAUUUGCUAGUCGAUAAUAGGGUAAAAGUUGAAAAAUCUAUUCUCCCGAUUAUUAUUAAAUAUAAUAGGUGAAAUAAUGCAAUGAUAAAAUGAAAUUUAAGAAACCCUAAAUUAAAUGAUUAACACUAUGGAAUAAAUUGCGCAGUGGUGCCCGGCCAUAAAAUUUUUCAGCCAGACCGUUCUAUCCGCUUGCGAUAAUGAUCAUAAAACAAAUAAACGAAUAAAAAAAAAUUACUCAAUAAAGAAAUUAUUUAAAAAAUAAUAGGAGUAUCAAUAUUUUACACGUAAAGAACAAUAGGGCAUAGGAGGAUUUUCAAUUUAAUAUUAUAAUAUAAUAAUACGUUGAAUCGCAACUUAUAAUAUAUUUUUUAUCGCAAAACAAUCUAAUCUUACGAGAAUAAUGAAGAAAAAUAAAUAAAUAACGGUCACACGAAAGCACCGAUGCAGAAAGUCGAGGAAUCGCUUUAGACUGCCUUACGACCUCAAACGAGAGGGUGGGAGAAAUUAUAUUAAAAAAAUUGUAAUAAAGAAGAAAAAACAAGAUUAUCUUUUAAAAAAUUCAGCUUUAGCCAUGCAAGCAAUGACGGAAGAGAUGGAUAACGCGAAAAAAAACACAUUUCAUUAGCAAAUUUCUCAGAAUAUUAUUAUCUUUCGUCUUUCGCGAAGCUUUGCAAGCCUUCCUUAGAUUUGUAUAAAGACGUACAUAAUCUUUUCACGACUCGAUUAACCACCUCUCAAUAAAUUAUCCCCAUAUUGUCAGGGACGAUAUAGACGGAAGAGAGAAAAGAGAACAAAGAGAUCGGGGUUGAUCCAUAUCCAUGGAUGAUUAGAUUAUUUAAAAAAAAUAUCAUCUCGAUUAUCUUGAAGGCCUGUAGCAACCCAAUCAAAUAAUCACCAGUUUUCACAAUUUUUUCUUGAUAAUUGAUAACGUAUUUUCACAAUUUUAUGGAUAAUUGACGUUGAAAUGCAUUUAAAUUUUUCAAUUAGAAUCGAUAAAUGAGGAACAUGAAGUACCGAUGUUUUCAACUAUCAUACUCAUCUAGAACAUAUCCAAGUUUAAUCAUUAGAGAGAAUUAAGAAACUUUAAUCAAUCGUUGUUAAGCAAAUAAAUCAUGACAUCGGUGUUUCAUUUUCCUCGAAUUGACAUUCGCACUUGACGAUUAACUAUAUGAUUUGUCAUUCGAUGUACUGAGACGCUCAUCACGAAUACAAUUCUAAUCAAAAUACAUUACACUACAAAAUUACCAAACGUCAUUAGCUUGUUUGAUGAUCACCGGAAUAAUUCAAGGAGCGAUGAGCAAUUGCGUCAUUGUGACAGGACUUUGUUAUGGUUGACAGGAGAAAUUAGCAGUAUUGUACAUCGAAUCGAAUAUUUCAUUGGUCAGAAUAGUCCUGAUUAUUUAUCACCUCUCAAGCACCAAUAAGAAUCAUGCCGCGGACUUUCUAGUGAAUUAGAAUAAAUUGAUUGAGAGAAAAAUGAAUUUAAAAAGCGUCUCACUCCAUUCAAUACAUCAUGUCGCACUCGAGGAAUGACAAAUUGGUAUUUCAUUCAGUCGAAUACACCGGAAAUACGAAUCAAUGAAGCAUUGCUGCGAUAUUAAUAAAAAAACAACUGUAUAAACUAAUUGUGUUUUUAAUGUAAAAUGUUCAUUUUUUACGAGCGUCGACACUUGUACAUUAUUGUAUGUGUUCAUGUAUAUGGUUUAACGAUGACACGAAACAAGAAUGAAAUUUAUAUUGUAAUCAGUGGAUCACUGGGCACGACAUUUGAUACUUUAACGUCGAUGAUACAGUGAAAUAAUGCGAUGAUAAAUAAUUUUAAAAAGAAACAAACAAAAAGAUACUGAAAAAAUAUUGUUUUACAAGUUGUUACGUCAACCAAUGCCAAUUGUUUAAUAAAGUUUCAAUCGCGGUGGAAUGAGAGUGCGAACAAAUACUAA